UCUGCUUUUUCAAUAAAUAUACCAUAUAGGCAACUCACGCGACUCCGGCUACCAAAGUAACUUUGUUGAAAGUCUAAGUUAAUUUCUGGAAGAUAAAGACAGUAGAGACUAGCUGUCUUCCACUAGUGUCCCUCCGGUUCUUCCGCAGAAUGCGGCACAUCUUCCACUGAGGUGGAAUAGAAACGGUUCCAGGAAAUCGAUUACUUGUACCACUGCUCUCUUGGCAAUUGAACUACGGGCUUCGAGGUUGCGUGUGUGGAAGACGACCUAAAUUGAAGCGAGACUAAAACGUUUAGGGGGGUUUAGGUUAGUUAUUGAAAGAUUCAGCGAAAAGUGAUUUCUAAUCGUAAACAUCUAGAUAAGUGUAAGAAGCUUCGUGGAAAUGAAACGGCUCAGUACCAUGUUUUCAUCCCUCCAGGAGAAGCUCCACAGAGACCGGAGUGAUAGGGAUUUGACCCUGCCUCAGCCUACAGCCCCAGCCCUCGCCGGGACCUCUUUCUUUGAGUACCUGGUGGUGGUCAGCCUACGGAAGAAGAGGGGGCAAGGGACGUACGAUCCCCAGAUCACAUAUCAGUUUCCCAAGCUAGCUAAUAUGGGGCGUUCACAGAGAGAGGAAGAAGAGAAGUCCCUGAAAGCCAUCCUCCUUUUCUGUUUCCCAGAGGGGGUCAACUGGGCCCCCCUCACUGAAUACCCCAGUGAGACCUUCUCCUUUGUUCUGACAGAGGUCGACGGCAGUAGGAAAAAUGGCUACUGCAGGAGGUUACUGCCCCAUGGCAAAGGGGCGCGGGCUCCGGAGGCCUAUUGCAUCAUCAGCCGGGUGGCCUGCUUUGGACUCUUCUCUAAGAUCUUUGAUGAGGUGGAGAAGCGCCGGCAGAUCUCUAUGGCGAUGAUCUAUCCAUUCAUGCAGAGUCUGAGGGAGGCGCCGUUCCCUGCUCCUGGAAACACUGUCAAGAUCAAGAGCUUCAUUCCAGAGUCUGGAACAGAGAUCAUCAGUUUGACGAGGCCGUUGGACUCAUGGUUGGAGCACGUGGAUUUCCGGACACUGUUCCGCUGUCUCACAGAUGAGGAGGUGCUGCAGGUGUUUGCCUCCACCGUGCUCGAACGACGAAUCAUCUUCAUGGCUGAAGAACUCAGUACCCUGUCCCAGGUGCUGCAUGCUGUUGCGGCGCUACUCUACCCAUUCACAUGGCAACACACCUUCAUCUCCAUCGUUCCCUCAGUGUUGAUUGAUGUCGUCAUGGCACCCACUCCCUACCUGCUUGGUGUGCAAAGGAACAAACUGGAUGACGUCAUCGACCAGAGCGAUCUGCUCAUUGUGGAUCUGACAGAAGGAGCAGAGAACACUUUCAUAACCUGUAUAGGAGACGAGAGCACCAUUCUACCAGAGAAACUACAGGAGGAGCUUCUCCAGGCCUUGUGUUGCAGAAGAGACAACUCCACCUCAGAGGAGUUAAACAAGGUGGUCUCGGAGGCCUUCCUCUCCUUCUUUGUGAAGACGGUGGGUCACUUCUCCUCCCAUGUCAAACGCAGCAGCGGUGGGCAGCCCGGAGUGUUCCAGAAGAAGAGUUUCUGCAAGGCCUCCGAGCACAAGGCCAGCCAUCAUUUUGUCAAGUGCUUUAUCCAGACACAGAUGUUUGACCUCUUCAUACAGGAAGUGGAGAGACGGCCCACACAGGAAGGAGUCUUCCACAAAAAAAUUGCGGAGUACCAAGAGAGUAAGAAGAAAGAGAAAGCAAAGAGUGGUGAGAGGGCUUGUGGUGUUAAUGUCGGCGUAUAACGACAAAUCAAUUAAAAAAACUACUUUUAUUUUUCACAUGCUUCGUAAAACAACAGGUGUAGACUAACCGUGAAAUGCUUACAGGUUCUUUUUCAACGAUGCAGAGUUAAAGAUAUUUUUAAAAUAGAAAUAGUGACACAAGGAAUAAAUACCCAGUGAAUAAAAACCUUUUUCGUCCCUGAUUACAUUUUACAUUUACAUUUUAGUCAUUUAGCAGACGCUCUUAUCCAGAGCGACU